GAAAACAAAGGUGGAAAUUAAGUUAAAUGUAGUCUUUUUGGGGCUAAAAAUAGAAGCAGGUAGUUGUUUUGAAAAUCAGGAUCUCGUUCCCCUUCACCUUCUUGCAAAAAAAAAUCCUCUCUCUUCUCUACGACGUUGGACUACGUAUGUCUUGCAAUUGUAAGCCCCUCCUCUCUUCCUGCUGACUGAGAGAGAGAAGGAGGCAGCAGAGAUUCAGUCUGACAGCAAACACAGAGGGGGACACAUCUCCAGAGAAUAGACGGGCACAAAGAAGGGAUUAAAUACCAGGAAUAAGGAUAACAAUCGUUUUUUUUGUGGACUGCAUCAACAGGAGUAAGGAGAGAGGAUUUUCUCUUUGUGUUUGUGAGUAAAUGCUGCAACUGAAACAGUUUUGACUCACUUUAAAGUGGAUUCUACCUCUGGAUAACACUAUGGAAGUACACGAUAUGAGUACUCCUCCCCCCUCUGAAUAAUAAUAAUCAUCAUGGUGGAGCCGGUGGGGUUUGUGGCUGCAUGGAAAGCCCAGUUCCCUGAGUCUGACCCCCCCUCCAUGGAUCUGGAGUCACUGGGGAACAUCGAGCAGGAGCUGGACAAAUGCAAGACGUCCAUCAGACAACUGGAGAAGGAAGUGAACAAGGAGCGUUUCCGCAUGAUCUACCUGCAGACUCUGCUGGCCAAAGAGAGGAAAUCCUACGAUGGGCAGCGGUGGGGAUUUAAAAACUCUCCACAGAUCAACGAUGGAGACCAGCACACAGACACAGAUGAAGUAAGCAGUAAAGCACAUCUGGAGGUGGAUGCAGCGUCUCCGAGCAAACAGAAAGAUGUUGAUCCAGAGGUUCCUGAGUAUCCUCCAAGCACAGGCUCCGUGGCAGCUCUGAGGUCCAACUUUGAGCGCAUCAGGAGGGCCAACUCUCACUCUGCAGGGGACGGGAGGGGCCUGUCGGUGAUGGAGAAGCCCUUCUACGUGAACAUGGAGUACCACCACGAGCGAGGCCUGGUCAAAGUCAACGACAGGGAGGUUUCAGACAAGAUCAGCACCCUGGGGAGUCAGGCCAUGCAGAUGGAGAGGAAACGGUCCCUUCAUUCACUUCCUGGGAACCUUUCUGCUGCAUCGGGGGACAUCAGUAAGGUGCAGAGAGGGAGAUCUACGGAGGGAGUCAACGGGGCGUACGAGGAGGUGGGGGGGAGGUCCGAGUGCCAGCCCUACACCAGUGUGUACGUGGGGGGGAUGAUGGGGGAGGGGGAGCCUCGAGUGAUCCACAUCCGGGACCACAGCCAGGAGGAGGAGGCUCACCUCACCUGGCCCCGGAGGUCCUACUCUCCAGGGAGCUUCGACGACGUGGGAGGUGGAGGCUACACGCCGGACUGCAGCUCCAACGAGAACCUGACCUCCAGCGAGGAGGACUUCUCGUCGGGUCCGUCCAGCCUCGUGUCCCCAAGCCCCUCCACCUUCCCCCUAUACCGGGAGAAGAGCCGCUCCCCCUCCCUCGGCAGCAGCAGCCCCCCCACCCCGCUGGCUCAGAAGCGCCUGAAGCAGCAGGGGGUCGUCUGCGAGGCCGCCGUCAUCGGGGUCCGCAAGACGGGAAAGAUCUGGAGCGGAGACGGAGAAUCCAACACCUCCAGCAGGAACUCCCAGGACCACAGUGGGCAGGAUCUGGAGGCUCCCUACGGUGAGACCCCCCCCUCGUAUGGAUAUGAUCUGGAGCCUCGCAGCGACCCCCCCUCUCUCCCUGGCUCUCCCCCCUCCUCACCUCGACUCCGAUCAAAGAGCAGAAGCAGCCGAGACACCCAGUCCUCCGGCUCUCUGGAGUCCACGCUGUCGGUUGAGUUGGAUCAGGAGAAGGGGCUGGAGAUGAGGAAGUGGGUUCUGUCAGGAAUCCUGGCCAGUGAGGAGACAUAUCUGGGCCAUCUGGAGGCCCUACUGAUACCCAUGAAGCCUCUGAGAGCUGCAGCCACGACGUCCCAGCCGAUGCUGACCAUCCAGCAGAUAGAGACCAUCUUCUUCAAAGUGCCCGAGCUUCAUGAGAUCCACAAAGACUUCUUUGACGCGCUGCUGCCCCGCGUGCAGGACUGGAGCCACCAGCACUGUGUGGGCGACCUCUUCCAGAAACUGGCGAGUCAGCUGGGAGUUUAUCGGGCCUUUGUGGAUAACUAUAAGGUCGCUGUGGAGACGGCGGACAAAUGCUGCCAGGCGAACGCUCAGUUUGCAGAGAUAUCUGAGAAUCUCAAGGUCAAAAGCACAAAGGACUGCAAAGACCAGGCGGCUAAAAAUUCACUGGAAACUCUUCUCUACAAACCUGUGGACAGAGUGACGCGCAGCACGCUCGUUCUGCAUGACCUCCUGAAGCACACCCCCUCCAGCCACCCGGACUACACUCUGCUGCAGGACGCUCUGCGCAUCUCUCAGAACUUCCUGUCCAGCAUUAAUGAAGAAAUCACCCCGAGGAGACAGUCCAUGACCGUUCAGAAGGGAGAGCACCGUCAGCUGCUGAGGGAUCGCUUCAUGGUGGAGCUGGUGGAGGGAUCCAGGAAGCUGCGUCACGUCUUCUUGUUCACGGACCUGCUGCUCUGCACCAAGCUGAAGAAGCAGGCCGCCGGCAAAGGGCAGCAGUACGACUGUAAGUGGUUCAUCCCGCUGGCCGACCUGACCUUCCAGAACAUCGAGGACUGCGAGUCCACGCCCGUCCCGCUGCUGCCGGAGGACGAGAUCGACGCCAUGAAGAUCAGAAUCUCACAGAUCAAGAACGACAUCCAGAGAGAGAAGAGGACCACCAAAGGAGUGAAGGUGAUGGAGCGCCUGAGGAAGAAGCUGUCGGAGCAGGAGUCUAUGCUGCUCCUCAUGUCGCCCACCAUGGCCUUCAGAGUGGCCAGCAGAAACGGAAAGGGUUUCAUGUUCCUCAUCUCCUCGGACUACGAGCGAGCCGAGUGGAGGGAGAUCGUCCGAGAGCAGCAGAAGAAGUGUUUUAAGAGCUUCUCCCUGACCUCCCUGGAGCUGCAGAUGCUCACCAACUCGUGUGUGAAGCUGCAGACGGUGCACUCCAUCCCAAUGACCAUGAAUAAAGAAGAUGAUGAAUCUUCCGGUUUGUACGGCUUCCUGAACGUCAUCGUGCACUCUGCAUCGGGGCUGAAACAGAGCUUGAACCUGUACUGCUCUCUGGAGGUGGAUUCCUUCGGAUACUUUGUCAACAAAGCCAAGACCCGCGUCUACAGAGACUCGACGGAGCCCAACUGGAACGAGGAGUUUGAGAUCGAGCUGGAGGGCUCUCAGACGGUGAGGCUGCUCUGCUACGAGAAGUGCUGCCGGCAGAGCAAAGAGGAGGCGGAGGUCACCGACAGGAUCAUGGCCAAGGGGCAAAUAAAGCUGGAUCCUCAGACGUUGCAAAACAAAGACUGGCAGAGGGCGGUCAUCGGCAUGAAUGGGGUGGAGGUGAAGCUCUCGAUGAAGUUCACCAGCAGAGAGUUCAGUCUGAAGAGAAUGCCUUCGAGAAAACAGUCAGGUGUCUUCGGAGUGAAGAUCAACGUCGUUACUAAGCGAGAGCGCUCGAAGGUUCCUCUCAUCGUGAGGCAGUGUGUGGAGGAGAUCGAGAGGCGAGGGAUGGACGAGGUGGGAAUCUACAGAGUCUCUGGCGUCGCAACGGACAUCCAGGCCCUGAAGGCAGCAUUUGAUUCAAACAACAGAGACGUGUCUCUCAUGAUGAGGGAGAUGGACGUGAACGCCAUCGCUGGAACUCUGAAGCUGUAUUUCAGAGAGCUGCCGGAGCCGCUGUUCACCGACGAAAUGUACCCAAACUUCGCUGGAGGCAUCGCGCUGUCUGACAGGGAGGCGAAGGAGAGCUGCAUGCUGAACCUGCUGCUGUCUCUACCGGAGGCCAACCUGGUGACCUUCCUCUUCCUGCUCGACCACCUCAAGCGGUAA